AUGCUGCGCCAGGCCACCGAGGUGUGGGCGGAGCGUCACGCGGCGGCGCCCGAGCUCUGUCGGCUCGUCUGGACGCACCGCGCCAUCCUCGAGUACCACACCGAGCCUCAGCUGGCCCGGGCCGCCGCCGAGCUCAGUCAGCUGCCGCUCUUCGACACGCUGGACGAUCUGUGGCCGGCGGCCGACACCGUGCUGCGCGGUGACCUGCUCUCGGUGCCGGUGGGCGCGCACACGGCCACCGACGGCGGCCGCCUGCUGAGCCUGGCCGCCAACGCCUGGCACGCCGUCUGCUUCUGCCUGCUGCUGGAAUACCUGCCGACGCCGGCGCUGCGGUACGCGUGCUGCCGGCGGGCGGCGCGCCUGCUGCGGCCCGAGGGCGUGCUGGUGGUGGUCAGCCCCGACUCGGCUCACCGCACCGCCAACGGGCCCCUCUACCGCGCCUGGCGGCUGGCGCUCGGCACGCUCGGGCUCGUCCGCGUCAGGUACGAGAAAACUCUGCACCUGCACUGCAUGGUGUUCCGCAAAUCGGUGCACCCGGACCUGGUGGCUGUCGAGGCUCUGGCGCACAUCCGCCAGGACGCGGCGCGCGGCCGGCUGACCUGGAUCCGCCCUCCCUCCGAUCCCCCGGCACCUGCCCAGUUCAGUCCCUCCGACCACAACGCGUCCGAGUUCUGUGAGCCCCCUCCCAAGCGCUCGUCUACCUCUCCCGAAUCUCCUCCGAGGGCCCUUCACGGGAGCCCGUCCGCCUCCCCUGAGCCCGCUCUCAAGGGUCCGUCGGUCCCUCUUGAGCCCCCUCACAGGAGCCCGUCCGCUCCCCUGAGCCCACUCACAAGGACUC